AGCAAUUCACGAUGGAAAUAUUCGCACGGAAGUGCUUAUCGAACGAAUUUCAGGAGGAUUAGGAAGUGUGCAAAGCUCACUGUAAUUUUGUAUCGCUAAUUCGACGAUCUGUUUGGGCGAACCCUCGCGACAUAACGAAUCUAACCGAAAAAUGGAACAGUGCAGCCAUGGAUCAAUUUCACAUUCCUAGUAACAAUUUCGCGUCGUUGCAUCGCGACAAAGUUGACGAGUCACUAUUUGACUCAUCAAAAAUUUGUUAAAUUUUGUAUGAUUCCAAGCUUGCCAGAAUUAUCACACGUUAAUUCGUUCGCAAGUGAAACAUCAGAGUAUCGUCCUAUUUCGGUCAGUGAUAUCACGAUUGUUUAAACGUAUUCACUGCUCCGAUGCUGCCUGCUUCUUCCUAUGCUAAUCCUAAAGUGAUCGAUGGGUGAAUGGUUGACAUAUCGGCUCAUAGACUCUGACAAUAAUCACAAUUCACUGUGAGUGAAUUGUGCAUCAUCUAGCUUCGACAAGCGACGUCACAACUAUUCGAACGCAUCCAUGGCUCCGAUAUUGCUCAUUUCUGCUUGCGUCCUAAUUCUGGAAUCAUCGAUGGACGAAUAGAUGAUUCAUCAGCUUACAGUUUCAACAACGAUCACAGCUCGUCAUUGAUAAUCGACGCGAUCAAUCUACGAUGGAUAUCGCGAAAGUCGAGGUGUCAUUAAGAAGAUUUUAAUCUGCGCUAUUAAUGUCGCGUUAAGGGACAAGGAAUAAAAGAGUCAAGAUGGAUCAUCGCGGAUCUCAUUGAGCCUUCUGAGGAACACCGUCGCUUCUUUGCGGUGCAGCUGAAAGCGUGCUUAGCUGGCGUACAACGAUCGAUUCUUUGGGAUCAGUAGAGGAUCGAAAGGGUUUACAAACGCACGCGACAGAUAAUGCAAUGUUAUUUCGUGCCCAGAACGUGCCUUUUCCGGACUUACGGAGACUUGUCAGAGACGUCAGUCGGUUCUAGAAAUAGCCGGUGGGCACUCGUAAAGUCCGAUACAUUGUGCGCCGAGAAUUAUAUUCGUCAUGGCUGUAACCGUCUCCUCCCCCUCCAGUCGGCGGCGGUGGACACGCGAUCGACGAAAGGAUCGACGUCCUGCAACGUCUGCGAUCACCCCGGCAGCGGCACGGAAUCUGAGUGGGUCAGCUGGAUAAAGAAAGCUCCUCCGAUGUUCGCGUCGUUGGCACAGCGGUCGGACGAUGUCGACGAAGACGACGGCCGCGCGAUGGGCUUCCACGUUGUGUUUAACAUCGUGGUAUAUGGUAGACCAUUCACUGCCCUGUGGAAAUAUUGCGAUUCCUUUGAUCAAAUUUGCGGUAAUAACAUCGAGAAGCAACUUGAAAUAAUAUGGUGGGCGCUAUUGCUUAAAAUAAUUGAUCUUAGCGAAACCAUUGUGUUCAUAUUGAGGAAAAAAUAUCAGCAAAUUUCUGCUUUACACGUGUACCAUCACAUUUCCACGGUUAUUUAUGCUUGGUUGUGUCUAAGAUAUUUCCCCCAUGGUUUUGUGACGAGUAUCUUAGCGCUCAAUGCUUGGGUGCACGUAAUAAUGUAUUCGUAUUACUUCCUGAGCACUUGUGGAUUAUACAUGCAACAAAAGCUUCGACCAUUGAAGAAGUGGAUUACUACCGUACAAAUAAUACAGAUUUUCUUCAUAAUGACGAGUGGUCUGCAAGGCUUUACAUCUACCUGCAAUAAUAAGAUGGCUGAGUAUCUCGGGAUCGUCACAUUCAUUAAUGGUAUACCAAAUAUAAUACUUUUUUGGAACUUUUAUAGAAAUUCUUAUAAAACGUCGAAAGCGAUUUGAUUGCAAUGUAGC